AUGGAUGUGACGCGAGCUGCUCUUUCUCUGGUGGAGGCGUGGUGCACUGGAAACGGUUUGAGGGUGAACCCAACCAAGUCAAAUGCGAUAGUUUUCACGAAAAACCGCAGAUUUGUUCCCGGGAAAACACUACGUAUCUUUGGCGGUGAAAUACCAAUGGUGAAAGAGGUGCGAUACUUGGGUGUGGUGUUGGACAGGGAAUUGAGCUGGAGGCCACACCUAGAGAGCAAGCUGAUUAAGACAAGCCGCGCUUUCUGGCUGUGUCGCAGAGCGAUCGGAAAAACAUGGGGACUCAAACCCAGAAUUGUCAUGUUUAUAUAUACCAUGGCAAUCAGGCCAAUCCUGACGUUCGCUGCGCUCGUUUGGUGGCCGAGGGUUAAGCUGAAAACUGCGAUUACGAGUUUGGCAAAGUUUCAGAGGGUUAUAUGCCUCACUGUAACUGGCGCUCUUAGGAGUACGCCAACAGCAGCAUUGGAGACUCUCUUGAAUCUCGCGCCAUUGCACAUCUAUGUUGAACACAUUGCUCUUGGAACGGCAUUGAGACUCAAAACUCAGGGAUUGCUCAGGGUCAGGGAGGACAAUGUUGGGCAUUCGAGGAUCGUGACAGUGGCGACUCUGGAGAAUCCGUUGUUUGGGAUGCCGAAUGAUGUGAUGAUUAAGAGGACUGCCGAGACCGCAAGGUGUUUCCGGGUAUUAACGCCGCCAGAGGUAUCUUGGAGACACGGGAGGCAUCCUGUGUUGGAACACUGUGGAUUGGUCAUAUUCACGGAUGGUUCGAGACGGAGCGGAAGGGCGGGUGCUAGUUGUGUCAUUCCGCAGCUGAACUUGGAGUUUUCGCAAUCUUUGGGUAACCACACAACAGUGAUGCAGGCCGAGACCUAUGCGCUAGUGAUGGCUAUGAAUGUGAUCAGAAUGCGAGGUUUCGAGAAUCAGAGCAUUGCGGUCGUAUCGGACAGUAAGUUCGUUCUACAUAUGCUUAAAGGUGAGGUGUUUCGCACUAAACUGUCAAGAGAGUGCUGGGAUAAAUUGCAGGAAGUAGGUAUGAAGAACAACAUAACUUUAAUAUGGUGUCCCGCACAUGCGGAUGUCCAGGGUAAUUCAAGGGCUGAUAUUUUGGCAAAGGAUGCAGCCAUGAAAGAGUUUGUGGGUCCGCUGCCCGUUUUGGGCAUCUCACUGGAGACUCUCAAAGAAGAGACUGUUAAACGACUGGGUGAAGAACAAAAAACCUUUUGGUCGAACUGCCAGGGCUGCAGACAAGCAAAGGCUUUAAUUAGCAGACCUUCACUGAUGUGGAGUAACUUUCUGCUUAAUCUAAGCAGAACGAAUUUGAGAGCUGUGGUGGGUGUCUUCACUGGCCAUUUUCUGAACUAUCAUUUGUUUAGAAUGGGGCUGGUAACGGCAGCAUCCUGCAGGGGCUGUGGGGUGGCCCUAGAAACUGUUGAGCACUUUCUGUGGGAGUGCCCUACCCUGGAUACAUGUAGAGAGGAGGUGGCUGUGUCUGUUGAGGAGCAAGAUUGCAUGCCAGGAAAGAUUUUAAAAUACAUUCAGCAAUCUGAGUGGUUUUGA